AUGAUACCCCAUUACUCGCGAACCCAGGACGCUGAAGAUAUUUCAAUCAGUCGAUACCGAGUACUUGCUAAACCUGAUUUAUAUUUAUACCAAUUUGAUAAAAUUGGUACACUGAUAUUACUUUGUCUUUCUUUUUUUCUCUCUCUUUCUUUCGUUUUUUCUUUCUUUUUUUUUUCCUCACUCUUUUCUCGCGAUCUCUCUCCUAACCAGACCUUUUCUCUCUUUCGCCAGUUUCUCUUUUGUCUUACAGCCAUCUUUUUUAUACGUCUUUUUCUGAAAGUCACAUUUUCUUUCUCUUUCUUUUAUUCACACUUUCUUUUCGCUUUUCUCUUUUUCUUCUUUCUUUCUCUUCUUUUUAUUUUUAUUAUUUUUUAUUUUAUUUUUCUCUUUCUUUCUUUUCUUUUCCUUUCUCUUUUUCUUUCUUUUUUAGUUUCUUUUUACUUUUCUUUCUUUUUCUCUUCUUUUUUUCUCUUUCUUUUCUCUCGUUCUCUCCGAACAGGAUCUUUUCUCUUUUCUGCUACCUUCUUCUAUCAUUCUUUCUUAAUAAUUUCUCUUUUGUCUACGGCUAUAUUUCUUAUAAGUCUUUUUUUUUCUAACAGUCUCAUUUUCUUUGUCUUUCUUUUAGCCAUAUUUUCUUCAUUCUUUUCUCUUCUCUUUCUGCUGCUUACUCUCUUCCCCUCUCUCCUUCUCUGUCUUUCUCUCCCUUUCUCUCUCUCUUUCUCACAUAAUUACACCUUUUCUCUCUUCAACUUCUUUUAUCACUUCUUUCUAUACUUCUCUUUCCAUUCAUUCCCUUCUGUUCUACUUCUCUUUUACCUCUUUGUUUUUAGUUCAAAUACUCUCCUCUUUUCUUUCUUUCUCUUUUUAAGUCUAACUCUUCUCUUUUGCUCUGUGUCCCUAUCUUUCUCUAUUUCUUUCUUAAUCACUUCAGCCUCUCACUCUCUAUUUCUCUCUGUCUCAUCUUUCUUUCUUUUCUCUCUUUCAUUCUCUCUUUCCUCUUUCUUUUCUUUCAUCCUCCUUUUUAACAAUUAUUACCCUAUAAAAAUCAAGUUUUGA